CGAACUCAAAAUCGAACCCACGGUGAUCGAAUCGGCUACCUGCCCCUUGCGGUCGUCCGCCAUGACGGCAAAGGCCACGGGCGGGUGGCUCACCCCGAAAAAGCGCGGAAGGGACGACGAGGCCAUCGCGAGGGACCGGGCCGAAGCACGGAGGAGGCGGCGGGACGAACCGAAAGGCCACCGAACGGGUGGCCUCUUUACCGAUCGAAUCGGAAAAAAUCCCGGGAACUGUGACAACGAUAACGACAACGGUAUCGUCGUCGACCCGCUGGUCCGGAGCCUCGAGAACCACCGGCGGCUCCGAAAGCUCAGGGAGGAAAAGAGGCACCCGAGGGUGUCCCGGUCGCUCUUUCCGCGUCCCGGCGGGAGCCCGGAAGGCCGGAGAGGCGGCAGCGACAAGCGCAACACCCAACACCAACGCAGCGCACCGGCGGCGCGGGGCGGGGAUUCCGCCGCAACCAUUCGGCGGUGUGCACCCGGGAACCGAUCCAGCAACAAGGGCAGCAGGAAGACCAACCGCAACGGAGGCGGAACGGGCUACCCGAGGAGCGCGAUCGCGAGGGUCACCCCCGACUGCGCGGUCGAUGCGGGCUCCGAGCGGAACGCGGCCGCCGGCACCCACCGAGGUGCCCGGCGCAAACGCAGCCGUUCCCAGCGGGACGCCAGGGUCCUGUUUCCGGACCGGGGUGCCCUGGGCCGGGAAAUGCGGCGCCACCGCCGGACCGGAAACGACCAACACCACCGGCAGCAGAAACCAACGCACCACGAUCGGGCGUCGCCGAACGAUUUCGCCCCGUGGUUGGGCUUGCGGACAGACUUUGCCAGGUCGGCAAGGCACCUCUGCGAGUCGAGCCACCGGGGAGGGGUGGUGACCCGACCAACGCAACUCAGAAACCACUCCGAGAAGCCGGGAUCGAUCGAUCGCAACACGGGGGAUGCGAUUGCGAGGAUCCCGUUCGACGAGCCGGUAUCGUCCACCACUGCGGCGCGGCAUCUAGGUUUGCCACCCACCUUGUCCCAAAAGGCUCCACCGACCCCUAAGCGACCCGACGAGGUUUGGUCUGGCCCCCUGUGGAAGGAGGUGGCUUGGCACGAAGCGGAUGCGGACCGGGGGCCUCUGUCCGACGAAAACGAAAACGAAACCCGCGACUGCACCAACAAUCCGACGAACAACCACGACAACAAGCCAAGCGACGACGAGUCGUCGGCGGCGUCCUCCUUGAUCCUUUCGCUCCCCCGGAACGCCGCAUGGUCGUCUCUCGGAACGCCGUCCGGCGGGGAGGGCGGGCACGAGAACGAAGCCGGACCGCCGCUUGCCCCCGGGUUUGACGGGCCUCCGGCCCCCGGCGACCCCCUCUCCGACGCAGGGUGCUGGCGCCGGCUGCAAGAAGCCGAGCAAGCCACCGAAGGGGGAAUGGCGUUCGGAGCCACCUCCUUCCGGCACGCGCUGGCGGGCCUCGUGCUAGCCAAGCAGCGGGCCGGGCCGGGAGCGGGCCGGGGACCCCUCUGGCUGCCCUCCCUCCUGGAGGGGGGCGUCUCCGGGAGGGGCCUCUUUGGGAGGACCGAGCGCGGUGGGCACGGGAGCGAGCACGGCAAUCGCGACGAGCACGAGAACAGCGACGGCGACGAGUGCGGCGACGAGUGCGGCGGCGCUCCGGGGGCCCCCGAGUCCCAGCUCUGGAGCGAAGGCCGCGAAACAAGAGCAGCGACAGCGACAGCGACAGCAGCACCGGAUUCGAUCCGGUCUUCCGGAGCCCGGGCACAAAGACCCGGAAGGCCGGCAUCGUUGACGGGGGAGAGGGGUGCAACGGACGUUUCGUAGCUGGUUGAGAGAAGUCCUCGAAACGACAACUCCCGUGGCACGUUUCCCACAAACCGAAAUGCCUUGCUGUUUUCCCAAGGAACCUCCCGGCAUGGUGCUGGGUGCAUUCCAGGACCCGGGCAGUAUUGCUUUCUUGCAGGCAUCGAUGCCCUCGACCGGAUGAAUUUAAGAAC